AGAGAACGUGGGGGGAGAAGGACUGAGAGUGUGAGAGAGACUAUCCAGCACUCAGUCCUUCAGCUUCCAGGGAGACGAGAGAGAAACUGCAGAGCCAUACCGCUACAAUCUCCCUGACUGCUGGGAUUUUGGAACUCCUUCACUUUUUAUUUGUUAACUUUUUUCACAUGGUUUCCUUAUCUUUUCAUCAUCACAUUUAAUUUUGAAUUCUGAAGUGGAGGACCUGGCUGUUACUUUUUGCGUUCUCUCGGAUAUUUGCGCGACACUGGAGCUCUCUGGUCUUCACUGAUCUGCGUGCUGUGGACCAGGGACCUCUCUAUCCCUGCCCUGCUCCUGACAAGGCAUCGUGGAGCGGCUGCUUGUCGUCAGGGCUGGAUUGUCAGGGCUGGGUCUAUUCCUGCUUCUUCUUUGCGGGGAUUGACCCUAGGAGGUGUGGGAUUGGUUGCACUCCAGGGACUCUCCUGAAAAGCCUGCCCAAGGUGAAGGAAAGGAAGGACGACGCUGUGGCCCCACAGAACUGAAAGAGCUGCCCCCCUCCUAACCCCAAGACGCCCCAUCCCACUGCAGCAUGGAUCUCCCCCCAUUUAGAGGUCUCUCUGAUGUGCCGUGAGAGGUGUGAGCCCUCCGCCCCCACCCCGACCCCCGCCCCAGUGCCCCUCCUCCCAGAACCAGGAUGGACCCUUCCCCAGGCAGGAUGGACCUGGAUGGGCUGGACCUCCAGCAGGUGCCUGUCCUCUCCUUGGACCAGAUCCGCUCCAUCCGGGCCAGCAAUGACUACGUGGAGCGCCCUGUGGCCCUCGACCAUGCCUCUCAGUCCGGUUUUUUCUAUGCCCACGACAACCACUAUCCCAUCACCCAUGGACACCUCCAUCAAGGCUAUCCAUCCCAUGCUCCACUCCCCCGGAGCCAGAGUCAGCAGCAACACGCCCACCUGGCCCAUCUGAGUCGCUCCAGCACAGCCAGCUCAGCCAUGUCUCGGACCAGCGCUGCCUCCGAUCAGAGACUCCUGGCGGGCCUGACGCCGUCCCAUUCCGGCCUGGUCUCGGUGGUGCGCUCCCAGCCCAAAGGAGAACUCAAGCCGGAGGUCUCUCUGGGUAAAGGCCUAGCCAAGGGAGAGGACCUGGGCUUGCACCUGUUUAUCUGUGAGCGCUGCGGGAGAUGUAAAUGCCAGGAGUGCUGCGCGCCGCGGAGCCUGCCGUCCUGCUGGGCCUGCGGGCAGCGCUGCCUCUGCUCUGCCGAGAGUGCUGUGGAGUACAGCACGUGUCUGUGCUGUGUCAAGGGCCUGUUCUACCACUGCUCCGCUCAGGAUGACGAAGACAACUGCGCCGACCGUCCCUGUGCCUGCGCGCCAGCCCACGCCUGCGCCCGCUGGGGCACCAUGGGCUGCCUGGCGCUGUGUUUGCCCUGCCUCUGCUGCUACCCGCCUGCUAGGCUGUGCCUCUGUAUGUGCCAGGGGGCCCACGACCGAGCAACUCGCCCCGGCUGCCGCUGCAGCAACACCAACACGGUGUGCCGCAAGAUCUCAGCCUCCAACCCCGGGAACGCCCCCUUCCGCAGCAAGUCCCUGGAGAAGCCUGUAUGACAGGGGAGCAUCGGAUGUAAGCCCUCGCCUAAACAAUGCAGUCUCAGUAACAACAAUGCCAUGACAACGAAAUUGCCCCACCUACCGACCAUGACCUUUCACCUUACGUACCGUGUGUAAUUCUUCUUCUCCUUCCGCUUGGGGAGGAAUUACCAAAAGCUUUACCGUAACUGUUGUAAUGUACGUGUGGAAACUAAACCUGGUGCUUUUCGCUGUACUGACUGCCGACCUGAACUGUACUGUGUUACUGUGUGGGCUAGUGUAGCAUACAUUGUAUUGUGGCUCCGCUCUGUGUGUGCCUGCCUGGCUAGCCAGACCACUACUCUACCAGACCAACAUCACUGUGCUGUGUGAUGGGCUAGGGUUCACUCUUUUAGACAUGACCUAUUUAUUAUUUAUUUAUUGGACUUCCUCCUCAUCGAGGGAGAGUAAACAGCCAGAGAGAGAGACAAAGAAACAGCGAGACCAAAACAGAGAGCGAUGUUGAGACCGAGAGAGAGAAGACCGUGUGUGACUGAGUACAGUGAGUAAGCUACCAGAACAAAUCUCAACACAGCCAGUAAUAAAAGGGGUAACUGGCAAAUGCAUAUUUCUCACAUGAGAGAGAAAGAGAUAUAGGGUGAUCUACAGGGAUUCCACGGGGUAGGCCUCCCCACUCCCCCCUCCCUGUCUCCCUGCCGGUAUCCUGGAGACGACCAAUGAAAUGGACAUGCAAGAAGUGGCAACGAGACAUUUUGUCCGAGGCUGACUCAAAGGGCCUAUCUUAAUGGUGGAACAAAUACACAAACUCUGAAAAUGUCAAAUGUAUUACUUUUUGACACGCCAAUAAGGGACCAUGAUGCACCAGGAGUAUCUAAAGUGAUUAAGCUCAUUUGAUAUGGAAAGCACUGUGAGAUAUAGGUGGACUAUCUGUAGUGUUCCCCAGCUGUCUGAUUAACUAACAGACCUUAUGACCAGGUAUUGCGUGGGUGUGUGUGUGUGCAUGUGCUUGUGUGUUUGCACGAGCAUGUGUAUGUAUAUGUGCACAAGUAUUGGUGUGUUUGUGUACUGUGUGUUAGUGUGUAUUGUUGCCUGUGUAUUAUUCAGUAUAUACAAUGCCCUUCUUAAUUAUUGUGACAGAGAAUCAUUUGUUCUUCUGUUGGCUUCAUAUUUUAAAACAUAGGAUUUGAAAUGAAACAAUUACUAUAAGGUUAAAUAAUGGAUUCGCUUUUAUUUGAGGGUAUGUGUGUACACAUUGUUUUCAUACAACCGUUUUCAUACAGAGGUACACGUAUUUCAGAGCACCAAAAGUAUUGAGACUAUUGUCUUGAUUCUGCUUGGUCAGUUCGAUUUAGUCCCAUCAGUUGGACUGACAUAAGAGAGUUGUCAGGAACUAGUCUUCAGUCUAGGCUUAGAAGUUGCCUUUGUCUACUAUUGUUGUUUGUCAACAUUAAAAAUAUUAACGUGUCUAUGAAAGUAAAAAAAGCCAUUAUGACAAAUUAUACAAAGACUAACAGGUAUGCAGCUAAAAACAGCUUUAGUCUACAGCAUACCACCUCACCUGUAAAAUAUGAUGGAGAAAGCUGAUAAUUUAUACUUUAACUUCAUAAUAAUUGUUUGCUAACAAAUCCAAACUUUUGGACUAUAGAGCCAAAAUAAUAAAAAAAUGUUGGGCACGGUGUAUAUUGUAUGUGUAGAUGUGUGUGUGUGUGUGUGUGUGUGUGUGUGUCUGUGUGUGUGUAUGUCCCUUUCUGCAGCAGUAUGUGUUGGGCCUGUGUAUUUGCCAUCAGCUGGAGCCUCCUGUUUUGUUUUUAGUGGAGCUGCUUCAGAGGCCCAGAGUCUGGUCAGGUUUCCUCUUCACGGCAGGCUGACGCCAGCCUCCCCCAGCCCCUCACUGCCUGCCUCAUCCCUGCGCCACCCCUCCUCACCUCUACUGUCUCUUCCCAUCCCUAACCCUCCUAGGCCUCCCCAGGCCCGUGAUUUCCUUCCGCUGUCCUCCUGCAUCCAUCUGAUUGUUUUGUGAAAAGGGACCAGAGACACAGAGCUACCCAACAUUCCCAAAUGAGUGGAAAAUGACUGGGGACAGACCCGGUGUGAUGUCACUGUUUUAUUGUCCUCCAUCCACAACACAUUAUGCAAUCUGUCUGCUUUUAAACUCUCCCGUUACAGGUGGAGUGGGGCCGGUUAACACCCUCCACCAUCACAUCUUAGCACCCCGACCUUGUUCGGCCAGCUCCAAAACCAUAUGAACGGUGACAGUUCUCCUGGACUUGAUAUUUGGCUACUUGUACAAAUGUAUGGAAGUUUGUUGAAGUACAGAGACAAAAAAAAAACACAGUUAUUUUCACCGUCCAAAUACUUCUCAGUAUUUAGUAAUUCUGUGGCCUGAUACGCUGGCUGUCUUGGCUGUAUGAUAGCUUCUAUAUGAGAGGAGUGUAUUGGAGGAUGGAUGAAGGGUUGGUGGAAGAGGGAUGACAGCGGGAUGGAGAAUGGAUGGACGGCUGGGGGGUCUGGUUGAGGGGGGGGGUUGGUUAUCUAAUGCACUGAUAUCCAAAAUUGAGAUGUGAAAAUAACACACUGUGUCAAGUAUGUGUGUGUGCAUUUGUAUGUGUUUAAGCGCGUGCAUGUUGACCUGCACAUAUACACAGAAACACACACAGACACACGCACAGCCACUCAUCCGAUUUGUUAAAGUUGCUUUGCUAUAUUUUUGUAUGUACAUACGGACUGUUAUUGUAUACAUGUAUAUAUUUUUAUUCUUUGUUUUCUCCCCUUUUUAUCAAUUAUUUUCAAUGUUUUCUAUUAUAUUGAGCAUUUACCUUGAGUCACAGACCUGGAGGAGGACAAGUUCACUUACCAUGUGCCUCUUUCAUAAUGUACCUCAACUUUACGAUUUCCUCUAUAAUUCAGUGCAGGCACACACACAUUUCUCAGCCACAGUGUCCCAGGUGAAUGGCCGCUCCUCCACAGUCCGUGUAGAGCGCCAUCUCCCAGGUGGUCAGGUGUUGCGGGGAGGGCUCAGCGUAGAGGUACUGUACUAUACAUGCAUUUCUACAGAAGAACAAUCAAGCAACUCUCUCUGGUGCUGUAUGCAGGCUACAUGUUAACCACUAAACUUCCCCAUGUUGUAUUAGUAAGUAUUGCUUUGGUACAAUUGGCAUCUUGUAUGUUGUAUAAGAAUUUAAGGAGAACAUGAAAUCUAUCUAAAUGAAUAUAUUAUAUAUAUUAAAUAUACAUUUCACACUUAUUUUUUUCCGUUGCUGAUAUUACCAAUGUGUCACAGAUAUUUAUUUAAUGGUUGCGAUGAGAGAACAGUAUUUAUUUGACAGUGGAUGUUGCAGGGAUGAUGAUGACCCUUGUUUUAGGCUUUUUGGUUGGGUGUGGCGGCUGCAGCCCUCAAGGCUAAAGAUAACCAAUAAAAGGUGUUUCCAAA